CCUUCAUUUUGAAUGCCAACCACAUAACUGAGAGGAGAAAGCGGAGAGGAGAACGGAGAGCAAGCGGAGAACGAGGACCAAGCUGAGUAACAACGGUCGCGCCGCCUACACCGUAAUCCGACGCCACCUGCAACAACUUCGGCCGCCGCCUCACCCAAAGAAAAUUGGAGCUUGACGCCGCCUUUACCACUUCCGGCAGCCUCCUCUGUCGGUUACGCGUCACCCCCUCACCCAACGUAGCAGAAGAAAUAGAGAGAGACGUGUUCUACAGGAGGCAUGGCAACAAGAUCAAUAUUAGCUCGUGUUUCUUCAAAUUUCGCUUUUCGAAUCCGCCAUAAUCACAGAAUUCUCACCUCCAAUUCCAAUUCAUUUUCUUCAUCUUCAUCUGCUGCCGUUUCAGAUUCUUCACCUUCCCCUUCUUCGUCCGCAGAUGACGUCCAUAUUACUGACAGCUGUGUUCGGAGGAUGAAAGAAUUGCAAGCUAGUGAGAAUGGGAAUAAGAUGCUUCGCCUUAGUGUGGAAGCUGGUGGAUGUUCUGGGUUUCAAUAUGCCUUUGCACUGGAUGAUAACAAACACAAUGAUGACAGAGUUUUUGAAAAGGAUGGUGUCAAAUUGGUGAUCGAUAAAAUUUCUUACGACUUUGUGAAAGGUGCCUGUGUUGAUUAUGCCGAGGAGCUUAUUCGUUCAGCAUUCCAGGUAAUUGAAAAUCCAAGCGCUGUAGGUGGAUGCAGUUGUAAAAGUUCCUUCAUGGUGAAGCUGUAGUUCACUUCAAACUUCAUACAAUACUUGUAUUGGGUCAUGGAAUAUUCCGAUUUUUAUGUAUAAUAACGUUUAUCAAUAAGGGGAUAUUAUUAUUAUGUAUAAUUUCCUAAUUACUUGUAAUGACUUCAACUAAUAAUAGAUUAACUAUACGUAAAAUUGAAAUCCAACUGAAUACUUCAUACAUUUAAAAAUCAACUAUGAGUAAUUUUUGAUUUGAAGAA